AUGCUGACGAGAGAAUUUAUCGAUGACAGUUUAUACAAUCACAAUUACGGCUACUUCUCGAAACACGCCACCAUUUUCCGCCCCGGAGAGCCAUUUUAUUUCAACGAGAUCGAGGACGGUCCGGCAUUUUAUCGCAUGCUUGGGCAACGUUACGACGAAUUCGAGGAUCAGUUGGAUGAGACCAAUCCAGAUGUCGCUCGUCAACUGUGGCACACGCCAACGGAGCUUUUCCGACCUUAUUACGGAGAGACGAUUGCACGGUACUUGGUGUCGAACUACAAGUUGACGCUGUACCCCUACCACGACCUGAUCAUAUACGAAAUGGGUGCCGGUAAUGGAACCAUGAUGAUGAACAUAUUGGAUUACAUUCGCGACACAGAUUACGAGGUUUAUCAGCGGACCAAGUACAAGAUCAUCGAGAUUUCGCCGUCGCUCGCUUCGCUUCAGAUGCAGAACUUAACCGACUCGCUGGAUGCGGCCGGUCAUUCAGACCGUGUGGAGAUCAUCAACCGCUCGAUUUUCGACUGGGAUACAUAUGUACAUUCGCCGUGCUUCUUCCUGGCGCUGGAGGUGUUCGAUAACUUUUCCCAUGAUCAAAUCCGCUACGACCUCAAGACGGAGCUGCCUCAGCAGGGUGGAGUGCUGAUUGACGCCAACGGCGAGUUUCUCGAGUACUACAAUACGCAGCUGGACCCGAUUGCUUCUCGCUUUUUGCGAGUGCGCCAGGCUGCGGCGCGACGGAAGUUCCGCACUCCCUUGACCUCCAAGUACAUGAAGUUGAUGCGCAGUCAGCUGCCCUGGCAGGAGGGCCAUCGCUACAGCCUGCCGGAGUAUAUCCCCACGCGGCUCAUGCAGUUCUUCGAUAUCCUGAACACCUACUUCCCGGGCCACCGGCUGAUCGCCAGUGACUUUGACACUCUCCCGGAUGCCGUUCCGGGUGUGAAUGCGCCCGUGGUGCAGACGCGAUACAAAAGACGGACAGUUCCAGUGUCGACACCAUUCGUCCACCAAGGAUACUUCGAUAUCUUCUUCCCUACUGACUUCAACACCACCGAAGACAUCUACCGUGCUGUCACGGGCAAGCUGACGCAGAACAUAACAACCAUGACUAUCCCAACCUGGAAAUCAACCGUCUACAAGAAGCGCGCAGCUCAGCUGGCCGCUAUUCCACCUAGUUGGCGUCUUCCGGAGUCCAUCACUGCCGAUCCGCCACUUAACGCUCUAGAGGCAAUCCGCUCCUGUGACAUUCUCACGGAGAGAGAGCUGGAAUGGACGGAGAUAAACGAUAGUACUGUGCUGCUUUCCAUGCUGGCGAGCCGCGAGAUUAGUUCCGUUCAGCUCACGACGGCCUUCUGUAAGCGCGCGGCCAUCGCCCAGCAGCUUACCAAGUGCUUGACGGAGAUUUUCUUCGACAGGGCGCUGGCGCGGGCUCAGGAGCUUGAUGAUAUCUUGGAGAAGACGGGGAAGGUGACGGGUCCGUUGCAUGGGCUGCCGGUUUCGAUUAAGGAUCGGUUUGAUGUCGAGGGGUUUGAUACUACUGUUGGCUGGGUCGGACUAGUUGGUAAACCCGCGCAAAGCCACAGCAGUAUCGCCUUGUCGUUGGAGUCAAUGGGCGCAGUGUUGUACGUGAAGACGAAUGUGCCGCAAUCUUUGAUGAUGUCAGAUUCCUACAAUCAUGUGUUCGGACAAUCCAUCAACGCCUUCAACAACCAACUCAUCUCCGGAGGAAGCUCCGGCGGCGAAGGCGCCCUCAUUGGCACGGGUGGCAGUGUCGUUGGUAUUGGAACAGAUAUCGGGGGCUCAAUUCGGCCCAUGGCCCGCAGCCUUUCCAGUAUCGAACAUUUCAUGCAAUCCCUCCUCGACUCCAGCCCUUGGAACAUCGAUCCAGGCUGCAUUCCAAUCCCAUGGAGAAAGGAACUUGCUGCGAAACCCACAGGUAAACUACGACUGGGGAUAGUCUACGACGACGGCGUAGUCAAGCCGCAGCCCCCAAUCGCCAGAGCCAUGCGCGAAGUUGCAGAGAAACUCAAAGAGGCUGGUCAUGAAGUCUUCGAAUGGGACACCUCCCUCCACGUCACAGGUCAAAACCUGUGGACAAAAGCCAUCCUCGCCGACGGAGGCCAACACUGUCGCUACCUAUGCGACAUUGUCGGGGAGCCAUUAAUCGAAGGAAUGGUCGUAGGGACAGAGAAAGAUGAACUGACCAUUUCAGAACGCGAAGAGCUCGAAGAAACCAAAUGGGCCUACCAAACCACCUUCCUCCAGCAAUGGACAUCAACCAACAUCGACGCCCUCUUGAUGCCCGUCACGCCCUGGGUCGGCUACCGGCCGAAAUCCUGGGUCGUCAGUUCCCAGUGGCUCGGCUACACGGCUCUCUGGAACUUGCUCAAUUACGCAGCUGUUACUGUUCCGGUGGCUAAAGUGGAUGGUGUGCUUGAUCAGCCCGAUCAGGAGUGGUUGGAGCAUGUGCCUAGGAAUGACUCGGAUCGGUUUAAUUGGGAACAGUAUGACCCUGGACUCGUCAAAGACAUGCCCAUCACGGUACAGAUCGUUGGAGGCCGGUUUGGUGAAGAAAAGGCUGUUUCGGUGGCUAAGGUGUUGGAUGAGGUUUUGCGGUAG